GUUUGCACAACACUAGUGUAGGACGUGAAGUAAAAAAAGACGCUUUCUCGUGUUUUGUAUUUGUUUUGUUACGAUUUUAUUUUAAUAACUGCUAUUUACUCCUAAUUAAACGUAAUUUUUGCUAUACCCUUUAAGUUUUGAAGCAAAUAAUGCUUGUAAAUUAGCAAAUACAGUGAAAAAGAUUAAAAAAAGUGGCAAAAAUGUCUAGUUCUCGGGACAUUUCUCAUAGUCCGUCGUCUAUAGCUUCAGAUGUGAGCUCCCUGUUCCAGAACCCGAAGAAAUAUGAAGAACUCAAUGUUAUUGGCACCGGUGCAUACGGCACGGUCUACAAAGCGAGGGACCUUCACAACGGCGGGCAAGUCGUAGCUAUGAAGAAGGUGAAAGUAGCCAUAACAGAAGACGGAAUACCGCUGUCCACACUCAGAGAAAUUGCUUUAUUGAGACAGCUCGAGGCUUAUAGGCACCCUAAUAUUGUCAGACUGCUGGACGUCUGCCACGGCGCCCCCUCGGUGGAGCGUGACCAGCAGCUGCUUCUGUACCUGGUGUUUGAGCACGUGGAGCAAGACCUGGAGUCGUAUUUGAAGAGGGCGCCCGGACCACUCUCUGAGAACAGGAUACGAUGCAUGUCGCACGAUAUCCUGUCGGGCAUCGACUUCCUGCACGCGCACCGCAUCGUGCACCGCGACCUGAAGCCCCACAACCUGCUGGUGACCGCCUCCGGCCGAGUCAAACUGGCCGACUUCGGACUGGCCAAGACUUACGAUACUGAAAUGAAGUUGACCAGUGUGGUGGUAACACUAUGGUAUCGCCCACCGGAAGUCCUUCUCGGUGUAUCAUACAACACAGCGGUGGACGUUUGGUCGUGCGGCUGUGUACUCGCCCAACUUCACACCAGAUCUCCAUUGCUGCCGGGAACAUCGGAUUCCGAUCAACUUCACUGCAUAUUCAGACUAAUUGGACGUCCGUCCCGCCGCGAGUGGCCGGACGCGGCGUCAGUGAUGCCGGACAGCUUCCCGGACUAUCCUCCAACUGAUUUUGCCGAUAUAUUCCCUAACAUACACCCACACGCAUUGGAACUUAUACGGGGCAUGUUAAUAUUCGACCCGACCAAACGACUCACCGCGUUAGAUUGCCUCGAACACCCAUACUUCACCGACGAGCCGUUGACGUAAGCCCACGGCGCCCACUGUUGGGAUUAAGUUAAGCUCAGAGAUUCUCAAUAUGUAAUUAAUAUGAUGCUACCGCGGGCGGACAAGCUUCAUUAAAUACUAUAAAUCAAAGUCACGUCAGAUCUUUAAAAUUACGCAACGAAUUUUGUUGCGGCUUUUUUAAUAGUUAAGAGUGAUUCCAGUGUUUUAGUAAUUUAUUAUGGUUUCACCCGAACGAUGUCGAGGAAGAGCCAUGCCCCAUUGCUCAGUCGCGCUCCGUCGUUUUGGCGUCCGUCGACACACAACGCAGAAAUUGUAUGGAGAUUCGACAAAAUUCAUAGAACAUAAAAAGAGUUACAAAGUGCUCCGUCAUUAAUUCUGGUAAAUCUGAUCUUUUGUGAUUAAAAUAGGCUAGUACAUAUGUUCCUAAAUGCCACCCAUCUUUAUAGGUUAAGUAAGAGUCAUGUCCCAUUGCUCCGUUGCGCCCCGUCACGUUGGCGUUCGUCGAGAGACAACGCAGGUAUUGCAUGAAAAUUCUACGUACGUCAACACAUGUCAAUGUUAAAACCUGAAGAAAACAACGGAACCGCGACUACUGAGCAAUGGGGCAUGGCUCUCAUAGUCUUAGUGCCUUUCUAGUGUCUUCAAAUUGAAUAAUCGUUUUGUUGUAACAAAAAAUGCAAGUUCGUAUCUCAUUAUACUGCCAUCUAUCCAAGUCUUUCUGAACUAACACUAGUGUCUCAUAAGUUCAAUAUAUAAGCAAUAGAUGGCGUUGUUGAAUAUUGUUGAUUAUUAUCAACAAAUUAUUUUUAUAAUUAAUUAAGUACACACACUGUUUCGUGAUUGUUAUUAGAUAUUAAUGAUAAGUACCUACAUAUAUUUUUGUACGGUUUAUUAAGUAUUUUUUCAAUGUUAUUGUGUAAAAAUUAAGUAUUUUUGUAUGAUGGAAAUAUACAAUAUUCA